AUGAACACAGUGUUCUUCCUUCUGCCAUCGGACAAUGUCGAGCUAUUUGUUCAGGGAGUGAGUUGUGUCACACCCCUGGAGAGGACUCCAGCGACACUUAAAAGCGUCGACACAGUUGCAGAUACCAGUUAUAUGCUACAAUGCUUAAUUGGCGACUGGACAAUAUUCCAGCAGAAGUAUGGAAAAGCCAAGCGCUUACGGAAGAACUUCUUGUCGCUUGCAACAAAGCUUGCAAUGGAGAUAAUAAGACCUUAUAUAGACCCUCUUUUAAGAAACAACCAAAAUGGAUUUAGACAACAAAGGUCAACAAUAGCACUCAUACUCACACCCAGAAGAUUAAUUGAAGGUGACACAUUAGCACCAUUUCUAUUUAUAAUUUGUCUUGACAAUGCCAUGAGAACAGCAAUAGAUGACAACACUCAACUUGGUUUUACACUCCAUCAAAGAAAGAGCAGAAGACAACCAGCUGUUACCAUAACCGUCACGGAUUUUGCAGAUGACAUAGCCCUUCUUUCUGAUACCAUCGAUGAUGCCACCACACUCCUCCAUAAGGUUGAAGAAGCAGCACAAGAAAUCGGCCUCUACAUUAACGAAUCAAAAACUGAAUACAUUUGUUUUGGAGAAACAGGCCAAAUUGUAGCAAAAAAUGGCAUAAACAUCAAAAGAGUAAAUUAUUUUCAAUAUCUUGGAUCUUGGCUGAAUACCACAAAACAUGAUGUAGAAAUCCGCAUUGCAAAGGCUUGGACAGCUCAUAUUAAAAUGAAGACGAUCUGGCGAUCCAAUCUCAGUAGAAGUGUUAAGAUCAACUUUUUUUCAAAGCUGCGGUUGAAAGCAUAUUACUCUAUGGAUCAGAAAGCUAGACACUAA